GUGUCGCAACGAUGCCAACAACAAACGCUCUUCUUACACGGACCGGACACACCGAGGAAAAUACUCAAAUAACCGGACUACUUUUAACGCUUUUCCUUUUCGCUGGGAUUAAUCUCUGAUUUUCAAACAUGAUUCCAGAGGAAAGCUUUGGAUCCAUCGAGAACAGGAUGCAGUCAGUAGGUCUGGCUCUGGAGGAGCUGCUGGUAACGGCUGAGAAACAAGACUGCCUUACCAUUGGCAUCUAUGAAUCAGCCAAACUUCUUAAUGUAGAUCCAGACAAUGUGGUCCUGUGCGUCCUGGCAGCCGACAAUGAAGAUGAUGUGGCGCUGCAGAUCCACUUCACCCUGCUGCAGUCGUUCUGCUGCGACAGCGGCAUCACCAUCCUGCGAGUCUCCGGCGUUCAGAGGCUCCAGCAGCUGCUGGGAGCAGUGGAUGCCAACCGAAACCAGGAAGAGCAGGGAGACCUUCACUGCAUGCUGGUUACGAACCCCCAGGCUGACCACUGCAGGCUACAAGAGGUGGGAACCUACUGCCAGGAGAGCCGACGCCUCGACCAAUGGGUGCCUGAACUGGUCCUGCAAGAACGCUGAGGGUCUGGCACCCAAACCCACACCAGGAAAUUCUUUCUGGGUUCAGAUACUGAUGAACUGAAAGAUCUGAUGUACGCCAAGCUGGGAUGUCCUGGAGAGGACUGAGACGGGCUGUCCUGACUGAGGACAAGCAGGAACUAAUGACUCAGUGACACGGUCGGAGUGGAGACUGGGUCUAUGAUCUGCUUUGUGCAAAAGAUACAGACAGAAAAGCCGAUUCCCACCCAGGACACAUUGUUUUUACCUUGGCAGUAAAACAAAAUAUGAGCUUCUAUUUCGUGUUUCUGCUUGUGCAUACAUAGUGAGUAGCACUAUGUUUACGGGGUGUGACAUUAAUCACUGGAGGAAUAGUAGCUUUGCAACAAAACUUCCACACCCAAACUUGUUGUUCCUCAAACAUCUGUGUAUUACUAUGGACAGGACAGGAAUGCUGUAGCGGUGAAACUAUGCCCAGCAUUCCUGUGUAUUCUAACAUGGGAGAGGUCCACAGAGAGAAGGUGUGAGUGUGAAGGAGUGAGUAUGUGUGUGUGAAUGUGUGGUAUGCGUGCAAAAUGCUGAAGUCUUUCUUUAGAAAAGACUGGGCGUGCAGCGUGUGCGUUCCUGAAAUGAGCAGCUGAACCUGCGGAGGAAUCGUUGCCAUGGAAACUGAGAUGAAAAUGAUGUUGGAGUUGAAGUCACAGUAUUUAUUGGUGUUGCAGGACUGAAAAAACAGCAAAAGGGGCUCAGAACAUAUAUAUAUAUAUAUAUAUAUA